ACGAAAACGAGAGUUUCUAUUGGACAAAUUCAGGAAGGUCCCUCCCUGCUUCGUUCCGUUUCUGUUCCAUUUUUUCUGUUUGCUUCCUAGAGUAAACGGUACACGGUUUCCAUUUUGCAACAGACAAAACGUUUUACAACCGAAUCUGACUAAUGAAUACACCCCAACUGUAUUGACAACAUUGACCAUCGUCGAAUCACGAAGAAACGUCUGGCCAAGGUGCAUUGGGAAAGGAUAGCCAGCUAGCUUGUUAACCAUGGCAACCAUGCGUCGUCCAAGGUACUCUCUCCGAGACUCUCUGUACUGGGAUGAGACUGAGUGCCUGACAUACUAUGGGAUGCUCUCUCUACACGAGAUGUUUGAAGUUGUCGGUUCUCAACUGACAGAGACAGACGUUGAGGUGCUGUCGUUCCUCUUGGAUGAGACCUAUCCGGCUGGAGGGCAUCCCUUGGACCCAGCUGGCUGGACCAGCGAGCCCAGUGAGGAGGACCCUGAGGCCAGUAAAGGAGUCUCCCCCAGCCCAGUGCUCCUGGAGGCCUGGCGGCGGUUACAGCCCAAGGGUCCUGCCUUGGCCUGUCCUACUGCUGCCCGCCACAAGCCCAAGAGUGGGCUAGAACUGCUGCUGGAGCUGGAGAGACGAGGGUACCUCAGUGAGGGCAACCUGGAGCCCCUGUUGCAGCUGCUGCGAGUCCUGACGCGACACGACCUCCUGCCUUUGGUGUCUCGCAAGAAAAGGAGGACAGUAUCACCAGAACGUUUCAGAGUGGACUACGGGACAGAGGACAGAAGACAGGUUUGCACAUCUGGACUGACUGACCCCUGUGCACAGACAGAAUCACAUGACGAACACACAACACAGCAAUGGAGGGGGGGUGUUGACCCUGCCAGGCCAGCGCCCGCCCCCCUACGGAAGAAGAGGGGUAAAGGCCGUCGCUGGACCAACAAGCCCCCCGCCCACAGGAGAAGAACGGGCAUCCCCGAAAUGCCUCCCCCACCUGUACCUGAGAAAGUGACCUGCGACAUUCGUCUGCGCGUGCGAGCAGAGUACUGGGAGCACGAGUCGGCCCUGCGCGGCGGCGUCUCCUCGGACAAGCAGCAGCCCCUGGAGCGGCAGUUUGAGCUGUUCAGUCGUGCCACCUCCGUGCUGCGCGCCCGCGACCUGGGCUCCAUCAUCUGCGACAUCAAGUUCACUGAGCUGGACAACCUGGAGGCCUUCUGGGGGGACUAUCUGAGUGGAGCGCUGCUAGAGGCCCUGAAGGGGGUGUUCAUCACAGACUCUCUGCGGAGGGCGGCGGGGAGUGAGGGGGUCCGGCUGCUGAUCAGUGUGGACCAGGAUGACUACGAGGAGGGUCGCAGACUGCUGCUGGACGCACAGGAACAACAGGCCGGCUGCUGGGGACGAGACAGACCCAACCUGAGAAAGCUGGUUAUGGACGUUCGGCUCUGACAGACAGACAGGCAGGCAGCUGUGCGAGGUCAUGAUCCCAAGGAAAGAGGAAUGAAAAGGAGAAUAAAAUAGGAAGAGGAACAUUUUAUUUUUUCUCUCCUUUUUAAGUCUGUCAUGCUGAGAACAGAGGAUACAGCCACUCCUAUGUCAGGGGAAUAGUCCCCAGGGAAAACAACCAAACUUGAAGUGAAGGCAAACUGGACUAAAACACACUGUUCUGUUUUGUUUUGAAUGGAUAACACAGGUUGCGCUGAGCCUAGAUGCCCUCAGGGCACUGAGGAAGAGACUGCCUCUGUCACACACACACACACACACACACACACAAACUAAACUUCCACUGUAACACACACACAAACUACCACUGUCUUAAACAUACACACUCUGUGCGCUAAUGUUGAGCAGCUCUGGUUAUGUUUGAGGAGCGUGUGAGAUGCCCUGCAAGGCGAACUUCACCCGCCUAAAUAUUAGUUUCAGUUUCCAUUGAAAUGUAUGAUUUUGAAAAGAUGAGCGAGACUGCAGCUCUCAGACACUGAGGGAGAGAUUAUUGGGAAAUGACUAAAGCAUGAGAUUAUGUUUGGACCUUUUGGGAGAGAAUUUGAAAUAUAUGGCGAAGGGAAGACUACCUGAGGUGUAGUGGACAAAUCGCUGGUCCUUCGAGAACACCAGUCCACACACACACACACACACACACACAAACACCAUGAUCACAAGCCACUGGUAGUCCCAUCACUGUGUGCCAUGCUAACCCAGGGCCUGAUAGCUGUGGUCAGUGGCCAUCUCAUCUCAGAUGAUAGGAGGGAUUACCUCUCAACCUCAGCCAAUCAUAGAGAACACAUCACAUCACCACAAGUUGUUGAACAGCAGCUGGGAUAACACAUGACUAGGCUGUGCCCACCCGGGCUUCCAGCAAGGCAAGGCCACUGCCUUUCCCGUUGGAACUAAAGCACAGGACAGUGCUUCAGUCAAUAAAUGUGAUGUCGAAGAGAUCAAAAUCAGAAAGGUACAUCCUAGCUCCACUCAGCCCUGCCUUGUAGGCCCCACUAGAGUGGCUCACAGAGCGCUGUCCGUCUCUAGUCUAUUCACCCUGGUGGAACUAAUGCCUGAACUCCUGAGUGGGAUCAAUAACCCCCUCUCUGUCUCUCCACCACCACUAUGGGAGAGUGAGGAGAAUGAGUAAGGGGAAGAGGAGAGGUAGGAGAAGGGGGAAGAGAGGAAGAGAGGGAGAAGGAUCACCACCUCCAUCCUGCUUUUCAGCUCCUGGACAGCCGCCUCAUCCUUUGGAGGAGAAGUCCCCUGAUACAACCAGGCUGCCUGGUCUGCUACAGCACUGUGUCUGGUUCACACAGCUCUAUGGGACCAGGGUUGGAGGACUAGGGAGGGACUCAGGAAAACCUUAGUAGUGUAUGCUUUUUCUGUGUUUUGAUAUAUGGAUUUAUUAGUGUAGCUUUGUAUUGUCCAUAAGAGAAAAUAAUAAAUAUACUGUGUAUUCUAAUUCGUUAAUUUAGGGUGAACUUUUGUUUAAGUAGCUGGAUAUUUUUUAUUUAGGCACUGCAAAAGUGCUGUAUAUUAGUUUAAUAUAUUAGUGGAAAGUUGGAAUUAUUUCAAAUAAAAAAUAAAUGGUUCAUCAAA